AUGACCCUUCAACUGAAUGAAGACGAACCAACAUUUCUACCGUCCAUGGAGGGCGUGCAGAUCAUUCACUUUGGAAAAGCACCAAGAAGGACUUUAUCUAAAUGUAACCGUGGUGUCAUAGUCAAGGUGACGUUUGAAAAAGACACCUGUGGUGGAUGCCAUAGUCCUCCCGGAUGUGGUCGAAAGAUGUUACAGGUCGACCUUGACCUAGAUCUGGAGAGAGGCGAAUACAUAUUUAAUGUCGGAGAUAGCGUCUCUAACAACGGAUGGGCUGGCGACUCGAGCCAUCAACAAAAUGACGCUGAAGUGCAAGCAUGGAACAACUACAUACGGCUGUUCAAGAGCGACAAAUGUUUAGGCAGUCAGAACUAUUUUCAUGCCUUCUCGGGUCAGCUGACCAAUUCCGUUAGUCAUGUGACGUUGCUCGUGAGUAACGAAUUUAUACGAGUCAUCACGGACCAAGGAAUGGACGAACAGCUGUGUCAUGAAUGUUUAUUUGCCCUCAGUGGUCAGUCUGAUAACCAAUCGGGAGGAGUCAAUGAGGACGUGUAUGUGUCCCUCAAUAGGGUCAUCCAAUGGUACUCUUGGAGGGUUGGAUACGGCGUCUGUACAGCCACCUUUCGCUGGGUCUGUCCAGAAAACUUUCCCUUUUGA